AUGGCGUUAGCAAAGUUGAACAACAACGCCGACAACAACACCAACAUCAACAACAGAAAUGAUAACAACAAUGACAACAGAAACGACGACAACAACCACAACAAAAGGGGAGGGGGACCAAUUACAGUUAUUAGGGUUCGUAAUAACAACAACUCUACUACUGAUGACUCAAGUUGCGAGGAUGAGGAAGUCAUGACCGAAGAAGAAUCUGAUGAGAGAGUGAAUUUUGUGCUUCAGCAGAUGUUACUAGCAUCCAAAGAGGAAGGCCAGCGCAAAAAUUUGUUGAAGACUCAUUGUUUUGUCAAUAACAAAAUUGCUAUGGCACAUGUUUUACAAUUUAAUAAGAAACCGAAAGAAACUGAAGUAGUUGCCAAACAAGAUGCUUCGGUUAAAGUUGACGAAUCCAAAGGUGAGAAUAAAGAGAUCGAUGAACAGGAUAAUUCAGAGAAAGGUGAUGCAAAUGAAGGUGGAGAAGAAAAGUUGAAUAUAGAAUCAAAGGUUCAAACGGGGGUGAAGUCUAAAACGGUAGAAACUACAUUUAUUGAGGAAGGAGUGUUCAAUCUAGAAUUGGAAGGUAGUUUCAACGUGAACAACAAUGACAUGGACUGCGACAUUCAAACAGAGGCGACACCAGAAAUUGGUGAAGAAACAAAGGAGAUAGAAGUGUGUGUAACAAAUUUAUUGUCAUUAGUAACGCAAUAUGAUAUGACUUGA